CAUGGCUGCUGCCAUUAUAUUGCUUCGCCAUGUGCUCCCGCGAACCAAAUGCAUUGCCACGGCAUAUUUUCAACCUCAAUACCUUCGAAGUUAUUCUCCUGUUCGUAGAAACUUCAUGCAGACAAGUCCAGCACCUAAGAAAGCCCGGGUGACUGUGACAUUCAUCAGGCAUGAUGGUAAACGGCUUCAGAUUCAAGGGAAGGAAGGAGACAGCCUGCUGGAUGUUGUGGUCAAUAAUGACCUGGACCUGGAAGGAUUUGGUGCUUGUGAAGGGACUUUGGCUUGUUCCACAUGUCACUUGAUUUUCAAGAAAGAAGAUUAUGACCGACUCCCAGACAGACCAAGUGAUGAGGAAUUGGACAUGCUUGACCUUGCCUAUGGCCUCUCUGACACGUCAAGGCUUGGUUGUCAAGUGGUGCUGACAAAGGAUAUGGAAGGCCUGGAAGUCCAGGUCCCCUCAGGAACAUCAGAUGCUCGAGGCUCAUGAUUCCUAUCAAUACUCAAAAUCCUCAUUCUAGAUUCUUAGUUGAUGGCAUUUUAAAAAUCCGGUCAAAAUACAUAUCUUCAUUCCUGGGCUUUAUUUUAACAUGUUCAUCUUUAGCCUUUUAUGCAAAGCUGAUUAAAAUAUUUGGGCUUAUCUUAA